AUGUCUUCACUAAUAAUUGCUGUAUUCAAAGCCACUAUCGGCCUGUUGGUGAAUAAAGGAAGAGAUAAACUGGCAGAAAAGUUGAAUGAGGGUGAUGUUACAGAUCAGAAAUUCCGUGGCCUGAUUGUCCGUGAAAUCGAUGAAAUAAAAUCGAAGUUGGAUGGUUUAGCAAGAAAGGAUUUGUUAGCGAGUAUCAGCCUUUUUAAAGAAGGAAUCGAGUUGUUGUAUGAAGUGUUUGAAAGUGCCAGAUCCAGUACCGAGCAUCGCGCGAUAGAAGCCGCUGCAACAGCUUGUGUUGAACAAUUCGAUAUUGCUAAAGAAAUGAGGAAAUUACAGCUUACUGCCUUGGAUGAGUCGGCCACAAGGAAGCUUACCAAAGCCAAGAAGAGAUUUGAAGAAGCUCGCCUAGGAGCGACAAAUGCUUUUAGUAAUGAAGCUUUGGAGUUGCCUGAUCGCCUGUUGGCUAUGCAAUAUCGAGUGAUGGCAACAAUACUGGAGACAAUUGACAAUCCUGAAGACUGUCUACCGGCUUGUAAAGUAUGUAUUAACGACCUACAAGAUGUGUCGGGUGUUAAAGAAUGCUUCAAAGUAGAACUUAGGAAAGGUCUUUGGGCCUGGUUGGGUAAAGAAGAACGCAGAAAAAUUAUUUCCACGGUAUGUUUCUUUAAUCGUGUAGUCUACGAUGUCACGCUGAUGGUCCGCGGGUUUGGCUCCAAGGGUCAGCUAUCGGUAAACUGGCCUUGUGUUAAUACUGGAGAAGAACCAGUCAAUCCACUUCGAAAUCAAAGAGUUGCUGAAGUACUAAAUAAUCAAGGUAUGGCGCAUUGCAGCUGCUUACCAUGGUCAGUUGGUCAGGAGGGUGAUGAGGAGCACAAGCUGAAGGAUCCAAGUGCUAUCGCUACAAACCAUAGAGGACAAUUCCUGAUAGCAGACACUGGGGAUAAAACCGUGAAGGUGUUUGAUAGCAACGGAAAGUUUGAUUCUAGGUUUAAUCCUCAAACUGAUAACACCGAUACAAAGUUAGAUAUUUUGGAUGUCGCCACCGCAGGCGAGGACGACAAGAUUUAUCUUCUGGUCGGACUGAAGAAGCCUGGGGCUAAGGAAUGGGAGAAUGAAGUGCAGGUUUUUAACAAGACUGGUGACUUACAGCACAAGUUUCCUGUGACGAGAGGGGGCUGGAGACUAACAGUGACCAGCGGCAAACAACGCGGUAAAAUUCUGCUGUUGGCAGGUGAUCUGUUCAGAAGUCAUGUUGAUGUUUACCAGGAGUUGAGUGGCGAGUUCGUUUGUAGCUUUGGUGGAGGAGUGUUCAAGAAAGCAAAACAUAUCACUGCUACUUGUGAUGGUCGCGUCAUGAUAGUGGACUGGGGCGAUGACAGUUUGUACAUAUUUGAUGUGGAGGGACACCAGCUUGGCAAAUUUAAUAUCAAACAUGAGAGAGAUGACUAUUAUUGCAUUGCAUGUCACCCGGCAAGUGCAGACCAUGUUGUCCUUGCUGGUGAUGAACGAGGGACACGCCGCCUGACGCUGGCUAUAUACACUGUUAAUGGCGAAUUUGUUCGCAGAAUUCAGCUGGAUGAAAAAGUAGAUUAUACUGUACGUGGAAUAACAGUGACCGUGCAGGGUCACAUUGCUGUGGCUUUACAGGCUAUUACAGACGAGGGUAGAAUUGAAAAGGUAAUUGUUGUUUAA